ACAUUUUCCUUUCUGUUUGUAAAUUUAGUCAGAUUGUUCAUGUAGGAUGUCAAUAAACAAAGAAUUUAUAAAUAAAGAACUUCUUUUCAAACAAAAAGUUAAAAGUUAAAUUCAGAAAGGUUCUAAAUAUUAGAUAAUUUAUAUAAUUUUAGGCGUUCCCUAAAUAGUGAUUUGAAUAAUUAUGUUCCUAAAUAACCAACAUGGACAUAAAAGUGUAUAAAAAAUGCCAAAAGAUAUUCCUUUAAUGAAUAAGCAGAUCAAGAUAAAAGAGGGUCUCUAAGCACUGUAGCUACCUUAACUACUAUGAGCACUGACUUUUAUGUUUAAGAUGAUGAUCCUAUUGAAGAAAUGUCUUCUUCUAGUGAUGAAUCUUAGAAUAAUACUAAAUUCAAAACAGAAAUGUGUAAAAAUUGGAGUCUUCUUGGAAAAUGCAAUUACAGUAAUAAAUGUUAAUUUGCUCAUGGAGAAAAUGAAAAGAAUACUCGACAAUCUAAUCUAAAAUAUAAAUCUAAGUUAUGUAGAUCUUUCCAUUAAGAUUAUGUUAUAUCUAUUUUAUUAUAUUAGGUUUGUUUUUAUGGAGCUAGAUGCUAGUUUAUUCAUGAAAACAGAAGUAUUGAACAAAUUAAAAAAGAUUACAAAUCUUAAACUAUUUUUUAUUAACCAACUUCUUUUUCUUAGAGAUCAAAGUCUCUACAAUCCAUCACAAAUGAUUGGAAAGAAUAAAUUCCACUCCAAGAGUGCUUUAAAUUGUGGAUGACUAAAUUAUUAAUUUAAAUUAAUCUAUCUUCAAGCAGUGAAUGA